CUCUGCCAUGCUGGGGAAAACAAAGCAUUUGUGCGGCAACUUGUCGAUCGUCUAGACACCGACGGCCUAAAGAAGGACCAAAUCUUUUAUGACGAGAUUUCUUUACAACCCGGCGAAAAGCUAGACAGAAUUAUGAAAGUCAUAGAAAGUCCUUCAAUGAAACUGUUUAUAUUCGUUGUCAGCAAGUACUGCUUCCAAAGCAACAAAACAUGGAUCCGAGCAGAGUGGGAAGCGGCUCUUAAAAACAACAAACAAAUCUUCCCUAUUUGGCUAGACGACAACAAUGAUGGUUUCAAGGCAUUUGGAAAUCUCGUCAGAGAGUUCUCAUAUGAGUUAAGAAAAGUCAUCGCGCAGAGAGUGAACACUCAGGAAAUUUCGAACAGUCUCCCAGCACUCUCUGAAAGGAUCUGCUCGCUUGUUUGUGGUGAUAAGUCAACCCAGCAGAGACCAGCACCCUCUACUGAUAAUUCUUUGGCGGCCCCAAGACAAACCAUUUUGCCAGGGUUUCUGAAAGGAACUUCUGUUGAUUUCCUAUCAACCUUGGGGCACUCUUGUACUGCAGAGACCAUCGAAAAUCCUACCCUAGAAGGUCUGGGUUUAGCUAUCACCAGUUCUCAGGAUUCAAGUUUCUCAGAAUGUGCGGCCCAUCCUGUCACCCGACAUCUCGGUCAGAAGAUGGGACAGAAGUCACAACAGGUCACAGCUUUGGAAGGGAGGCUUGAGAUGGCAAAGCACCAUGCUGGGAUUCAGGAGACUAUUGUGAACAGUCUCCACGAGGAAGUAACUCGUCUCAAAAAGAAAGAUGAAUCUCUUCAGAAGGUUUUGCUGAAUAAAACAGAGAAAUCCAACAGCUCCAGGCAACCAACAGAGAUCUCAAAAGUGAGAUCGACUACCUCCACCCUGAGUGGGGCCUGGAUGACAUCUACGCUUCUGCGGAACCGCCAGAUUUACCUGUGGCUAGCGAUGAAGACAUCCCUGGGGCUGCAGACCAUUCUGAAAAUACAGACAUACGGCUGGAAGACGCAUCUGGGCAACCCGAGUCUCAAAUCGAAGAAGCUGCAGCUGAGUCUGAUGAAGAAGUAA